AUGGUGCUCAUGCGUCGCCGCGAUAAGCGACGCGGCAACGAGGCUGAGGAGAUCACAGUAGCGAGUGACUUGUCCAUUGGUGCCAAUAAAGGUGUGCGCUCCUUAGGAGGUGCACGAUCGGGCCGCUUUGCUGCCGACAUGCGCAUAAAUGUGGGAGGCUAUGGCCGAGCCGACAAAACGUGGGGUGUGGACCACCCGUGGCAUUCGACGGUGGAAGGCGAUUUGUUCUCUCAAUUGUGCGCUAAGGAUCAUAUGGAAGAAGGUGGAGUGGAUCAGGAGAAGACACUGGAGGAACCUGUGCUUGGACUUAGUCGAGCACAGCUUAAGAAGCGCAAGACAAAGCUCAAGAAGAAGGGGCUGACGGCCAAACAGGCGUCCGAGAUGGCUUUGAAAGAGGCUGAAGAGGCCAAGAAACGUCAUGAGGAGGAACAGAAAUGCCAGGAGGAGGAACAGAUGAUUGAAAGACAGGAAGCUGUCAAGAGGAAAAAGCAAAAGAAGAAGAAGGAGCUGGAGCUGGAACAGGAACAGACGGAGGACGCGGAUACGAAGAAAGAGAAACGUAGAAAAGAGAAACAGAAGAAAAAGGAGAAGAAACAGAUUGCUGUAGAGCAGGUAGAACAACAGACUAAGGAACAACAGGAGGAGAUGAAGGCUCGGGAAAUACUUGCUACGGCUUACGAACAGAACGUCGGUAGUGAAGUGACUACCAAGAGUGGAUUGGUGAUUCAGGACCAACGUGCUGGAAAGGGCAAACUGCCACUUAAUGGCGAGAUGCUUACAGUCAAGUAUCGUGGUCGGCUUGGACGGGAUGGCCUCGUGUUCGGCAAAGGAAUGCUCACGAUGACGUUUGGCACUGGAUCGGUCAUUGCUGGAUGGGAAGAAGGUCUCGCUACGAUGCGGCCCGGUGGCGUGAGGCUGCUAACGAUCCCACCCGAGAUGGGCUAUGGAGAGAAAGGUAAAGGCGACAAGAUCCCGCCUAACUCGACGCUAUUCUUUGAAGUGGAACUCGUGCGAAUUGGUAAACGAAAACGAGAGACCAUCGGGGACGACGACGUCCCGCUGCCCAGCUCGUUCCAGCGCAAGCGCACUCAACAAAAACCGGACAAGAACUGUGACCAGGACGAAAACGACGUUGACAUGAAGCUGUCGAAAAGCCAAAUUAAGCGACGACGUCGGAAUCGAAACAAAAACCGAAACGUGGAAGUCGACACUUGA